CGCAUCAAUAAAGGUAUAUUUUGUAAAAAGGGCUGUGGGAGACCCGCGGCACAUCCUAAUUCACGCUUCUGCGCACCGGCUUCACAAUGCCCGAUCAUAGACCCGGCCUGGGAGCGACCAGAAGGAGUGCCAAUCGAGGCCAUUAUUUUCGGCGGACGCAGGCCUGAGGGAAUUCCCCUUGUCUACCAAGCAUAUAGCUGGCGACAUGGGGUAUUCGUUGGUGCAACUCUGCGAUCGGAGGCUACUGCAGCCGCGGAGCAUCAGGCAAAGGUGGUGAUGCACGACCCGUUUGCAAUGCGCCCAUUCUUCGGGUACAACUUCGGUAACUAUAUGGAGCAUUGGCUAAAGUGA